CGGGAGGGAGGGAGGAGCAGCAGGAGCGCGCCGACGCCGCGGAGCUGCGAUGUGGCCGGCCCGCCGGCGUGGAAACAGUGGAAGCAGCAGCGGCCGCGGCCGCCCCGGCCCGGGGCAGUGAGUCCGCCCGCCGCCGAGACCUGCCCGCGCAGCCAUGGCCGAAGUGCGCAAAUUCACCAAGCGGCUCAGCAAGCCCGGCACGGCGGCGGAGCUCCGGCAGAGCGUGUCUGAGGCCGUGCGGGGCUCCGUGGUGCUGGAAAAGACCAAAGUCGUUGAGCCCUUGGACUAUGAGAAUGUUAUCACCCAAAGAAAAACCCAGAUUUAUAGUGACCCCCUCAGAGACCUGCUUAUGUUUCCAAUGGAAGAUAUAUCUAUCUCAGUAAUAAAUCGUCAUCACAGAACAGUGCAAUCCACUGUACCAGAGGAUGGGGAGAAAAGGGCCCAAAGUUUGUUUGUCAAAGAGUGUAUUAAAACCUACAGCACAGAUUGGCAUGUGGUAAACUACAAGUAUGAAGACUUCUCUGGGGACUUUCGAAUGUUGCCAUGCAAAUCUCUGAGACCAGAAAAGAUUCCCAAUCAUGUAUUUGAGAUUGAUGAGGACUGUGAGAAAGAUGAGGAUUCAUCUUCUUUAUGUUCUCAGAAGGGUGGUGUGAUAAAGCAAGGUUGGUUGCAUAAAGCAAAUGUAAAUAGCACCAUCACAGUCACCAUGAAGUGCCCCAAAAUGCGCCGUCAUGCUUUUGAACUCAAGAUGUUAGAUAAGUAUAGCCAUUAUCUGGCUGCUGAAACUGAGCAGGAAAUGGAAGAAUGGUUGAUCACUUUGAAAAAGAUUAUUCAGAUCAAUACCGACAGUUUAGUGCAAGAGAAAAAGGAGACAGUAGAAACAACACAAGAUGAUGAAAUUAGCAGCCAAGGAAAAGCCGAGAACAUCAUGGCCAGUUUGGAAAGAAGCAUGCAUCCGGAACUGAUGAAGUAUGGAAGAGAAACUGAGCAGCUAAACAAACUAAGUAGAGGUGAUGGAAGACAGAAUCUAUUUUCUUUUGAUUCGGAAGUUCAGAAGCUGGACUUUUCAGGAAUUGAACCCGACAUAAAGCCAUUUGAGGAAAAGUGCAAUAAACGUUUCCUGGUAAAUUGCCAUGAUUUAACUUUCAAUAUCUUGGGUCAAGUUGGAGACAAUGCCAAAGGACCACCUACCAAUGUGGAACCGUUUUUUAUCAAUCUUGCCUUAUUUGAUGUAAAGAACAACUGUAAGAUUUCAGCUGACUUCCAUGUAGACCUGAAUCCCCCAUCCGUCCGUGAGAUGCUGUGGGGCACCUCAGCCCAACUGGCCAGUGAUGGGCACCCUAGAAGCUCUUCACCCGAGUCUUUUAUUCAUGGAAUUGCUGAAUCUCAGUUACGCUACAUAAAACAGGGAAUCUUCUCAGUGACGAACCCACAUCCUGAAAUUUUUCUGGUUGCAAGAGUUGAAAAGGUACUCCAGGGAAACAUCACACACUGUGUCGAACCUUAUAUCAAAAAUUCAGACCCGGCAAAGACGGCCCAGAAGGUGCACAGGACAGCUAAGCAAGUGUGUAGCCGCCUUGGACAAUACAGAAUGCCCUUUGCUUGGGCUGCCAGACCCAUUUUCAAAGAUACUCAAGGCUCUCUGGAUCUGGAUGGGAGAUUUUCUCCUUUGUAUAAGCAAGAUAGCAGCAAACUUUCAAAUGAAGACAUUCUCAAGUUGCUUUCAGAAUAUAAGAAGCCAGAGAAAACCAAAUUGCAGAUUAUUCCUGGGCAGCUAAACAUCACAGUAGAAUGUGUUCCUGUGGAUUUGUCAAAUUGCAUUACUUCUUCAUAUGUGCCCCUGAAGCCUUUUGAAAAGAAUUGUCAAAAUAUUACUGUGGAAGUUGAAGAGUUUGUUCCAGAAAUGACAAAAUACUGUUAUCCAUUUACUAUUUACAAAAACCAUCUGUAUGUAUAUCCCUUGCAAUUAAAAUAUGAUAGCCAGAAAACAUUUGCCAAGGCAAGGAACAUUGCGGUCUGUGUGGAAUUCCGGGAUUCGGACGAAAGUGAGGCCAGUGCUUUAAAGUGUAUUUACGGAAAACCUGCAGCAUCUGUUUUUACCACAAACGCUUAUGCUGUUGUCUCGCAUCACAACCAAAAUCCAGAAUUCUAUGAUGAGAUUAAAAUUGAGCUUCCCAUUCACCUUCAUCAAAAACAUCAUUUACUUUUCACUUUUUACCACGUAAGUUGUGAAAUUAACACAAAGGGAACAACCAAAAAGCAGGACACGGUUGAAACUCCAGUUGGGUUUGCCUGGGUACCUUUGCUGAAGGAUGGCAGAAUCAUCACAUUUGAGCAGCAGCUUCCGGUUUCAGCCAAUCUUCCCCCAGGCUACUUGAAUCUGAAUGAUGCCGAUUCAAGAAGGCAAUCUAAUGUGGAUAUUAAAUGGGUAGAUGGAGCAAAGCCUUUGUUGAAGAUUAAAAGCCAUUUAGAGUCUACCAUUUACACUCAAGAUUUACACGUGCACAAAUUCUUCCAUCAUUGCCAGCUGAUUCAGUCAGGCUCAAAAGAAGUUCCGGGGGAGCUCAUUAAAUAUUUAAAGUGUUUGCAUGCCAUGGAGAUCCAAGUCAUGAUACAGUUUCUACCUGUAAUUCUUAUGCAACUCUUCCGAGUGCUCACAAAUAUGACCCAGGAAGAUGACGUUCCUAUCAACUGUACCAUGGUUCUCUUACAUAUUGUGUCAAAGUGCCAUGAAGAAGGCUUGGAUAAUUAUUUAAGAUCCUUUACAAAGUAUAGUUUCCGGCCUGAAAAGCCAAAUCCUCCUCAGACCCAGCUGAUACACGAGACCCUGGCUACCACAAUGAUAGCUAUAUUGAAACAGUCUGCAGACUUUUUAGCAAUUAACAAACUGCUAAAGUACUCAUGGUUUUUCUUUGAGAUUAUUACAAAGUCUAUGGCCACAUACUUAUUGGAAGAGAAUAAAAUUAAGCUUCCCAGAAACCAGAGAUUUCCUGAGGCAUAUCAUCAUGUCUUACAUUCAUUGCUUCUUGCGAUCAUUCCCCAUGUGACUAUUCGAUAUGCAGAGAUUCCUGAUGAGUCCAGAAAUGUCAAUUACAGUUUGGCUAGCUUCCUAAAGCGCUGUUUGACACUAAUGGAUAGAGGAUUUGUUUUCAAUUUGAUAAAUGACUAUAUAUCUGCAUUCAGCCCCAAAGACCCUAAGAUUCUGGCAGAGUACAAGUUUGAUUUUCUGCAAACCAUUUGUAAUCAUGAACAUUACAUUCCUCUGAAUUUGCCCAUGGCAUUUGCAAAACCUAAACUUCAACGAGUUCAAGAUUCAAAUCUUGAAUACAGUUUGUCAGAUGAGUAUUGCAAGCAUCACUUCUUGGUUGGUCUACUUCUGAGGGAAACCUCCAUGGCUCUUCAGGACAAUUAUGAGAUAAGAUGUACAGCUAUCUCUGUCAUAAAGAAUCUUUUGAUAAAACAUGCAUUUGACACUAGAUACCAGCACAAGAACCAACAAGCCAAAAUAGCACAAUUGUACCUCCCGUUUGUUGGACUGCUUUUGGAAAAUAUACAGCGAUUGGCAGGUCGAGAUACCUUGUAUUCUUGUGCAGCCAUGCCUAAUUCUGCAUCCAGGGAUGAGUUCGCAUGUGGAUUUACUUCACCUACAAAUAGAGGGAGUCUGAGCAGUGACAAAGACACCGCUUAUGGGACUUUUCAAAAUGGACAUGGAAUUAAGAGAGAAGAUUCCAGAGGUUCUCUUAUCCCGGAAGGAGCAACAGGAUUUCCAGACCAGGGCAGCACGGGUGAACAUACCCGACAGAGCUCUACAAGAAGCAGUAUAUCCCAGUAUAACCGAUUGGAUCAGUAUGAAAUCAGAAGCCUCUUGAUGUGCUACCUGUAUAUAGUAAAAAUGAUUUCUGAAGAUACUCUUCUUACUUACUGGAACAAAGUAUCUCCUCAGGAGCUUAUAAACAUUCUCAUACUUCUGGAAGUAUGUUUGUUUCACUUUAGAUAUAUGGGGAAAAGAAACAUAGCAAGGGUGCAUGAUGCCUGGCUGCCAAAACACGUUGGAAUAGACCGAAAAUCACAAACCAUGCCAGCUCUUCGAAACAGAUCAGGAGUCAUGCAGGCCCGGCUUCAGCAUCUUAGUAGUCUGGAAAGUUCAUUUACACUUAAUCACAGCUCGGCAACAACGGAAGCAGACAUUUUCCACCAGGCACUUUUGGAAGGCAACACUGCUACCGAAGUCUCCCUAACAGUACUAGAUACCAUCUCCUAUUUCACCCAGUGCUUCAAGAGCCAACUUUUAAAUAAUGAUGGCCACAACCCAUUAAUGAAAAAAGUAUUUGAUAUUCAUCUUGCUUUUCUUAAAAAUGGACAAUCAGAAGUGUCACUGAAACAUGUCUUUGCCUCACUUCGAGCUUUCAUUAGUAAGUUUCCCUCAGCCUUUUUCAAAGGUAGGGUGAACAUGUGUGCUGCAUUUUGCUAUGAGGUUUUAAAGUGCUGUACCUCAAAGAUUAGUUCGACCAGGAACGAAGCCUCUGCUCUUUUGUAUCUUCUGAUGAGAAACAACUUCGAGUAUACCAAAAGGAAAACCUUUUUGAGGACACAUCUGCAGAUAAUAAUUGCUGUAAGCCAGCUGAUAGCUGAUGUAGCCCUAAGCGGAGGAUCAAGGUUUCAGGAGUCUUUAUUUAUUAUCAAUAAUUUUGCAAAUAGUGAUAGACCUAUGAAGACAACUGCAUUUCCCUCAGAAGUCAAAGACUUGACCAAGAGAAUCCGGACUGUUCUUAUGGCCACGGCUCAAAUGAAGGAGCACGAGAAAGACCCUGAAAUGCUAAUUGAUCUCCAGUAUAGUUUAGCCAAGUCCUACGCAAGCACCCCGGAGCUCAGGAAAACCUGGCUUGACAGCAUGGCCAAGAUUCAUAUAAAAAAUGGAGAUUUUUCAGAGGCAGCAAUGUGUUACGUCCAUGUGGCAGCUUUGGUGGCAGAGUUUCUUCAUCGAAAAAAAUUAUUCCCUAAUGGAUGCUCAGCCUUCAAGAAAAUUACUCCCAAUAUAGAUGAAGAAGGAGCAAUGAAAGAAGAUGCUGGGAUGAUGGAUGUCCAUUAUAGUGAAGAAGUUCUGCUGGAGUUGCUAGAACAGUGUGUGGAUGGCUUAUGGAAGGCAGAGCGUUAUGAAAUAAUUUCUGAGAUUUCCAAGUUGAUCAUUCCAAUUUAUGAGAAGCGUCGUGAAUUUGAGAAACUUACUCAAGUUUAUAGAACUCUUCAUGGAGCUUACACAAAAAUCCUGGAGGUUAUGCACACCAAAAAAAGACUUCUAGGUACUUUCUUCAGAGUUGCCUUUUAUGGCCAAUCUUUUUUUGAAGAAGAGGAUGGAAAAGAGUACAUCUAUAAGGAGCCAAAACUCACCGGCCUCUCAGAGAUUUCCCUGAGACUUGUUAAACUGUAUGGUGAAAAAUUUGGUACAGAGAAUGUCAAAAUAAUUCAGGAUUCAGACAAGGUAAAUGCCAAAGAGCUUGAUCCAAAAUAUGCUCACAUCCAAGUCACUUAUGUGAAGCCCUACUUUGAUGAUAAAGAACUUACGGAAAGAAAGACUGAGUUUGAAAGAAACCAUAAUAUCAACAGAUUUAUGUUUGAGGCUCCUUAUACAUUGUCAGGCAAGAAGCAAGGCUGUGUGGAAGAACAGUGCAAACGCCGUACAAUUUUGACCACAUCAAACUCGUUUCCAUAUGUGAAGAAGAGGAUCCCUAUAAACUCUGAACAGCAGAUUCAUUUAAAGCCAAUUGAUGUUGCUACUGAUGAAAUAAAAGAUAAAACUGCAGAGCUGCAAAAACUUUGCUCUUCUGCUGACGUGGACAUGAUUCAGCUCCAACUGAAAUUGCAGGGCUGUGUUUCAGUGCAGGUAAAUGCUGGUCCGCUAGCAUAUGCACGGGCAUUCUUAAAUGACAGUCAAGCCAGCAAGUAUUCACGUAAGGAAGUGAAUGAAUUGAAAGACAUGUUUAGGAAGUUCAUACAAGCAUGCAGCAUUGCCCUGGAACUAAAUGAGCGGUUAAUUAAAGAGGACCAAGUUGAGUACCAUGAAGGGCUAAAGUCAAAUUUCAGAGAAAUGGUGAAAGAAUUAUCUGACAUUAUCCAUGAGCAGAUAUUACAAGAAGAUACAAUGCAUUCUCCGUGGAUGAACAACACAUUACAUGUAUUUUGUGCAAUUAGUGGUACAUCAAGUGACAGAGGUUACGGUUCCCCAAGAUACGCUGCUGAAGUAUAAGGAUAUGCAGAAGUAUCGCUGCUGAAGUAUGAGGAUAUGCAGAAGUAUCGUGAUGAGACUGACCUUUCUCAGGAAUAUUCGGAGCUGUGCAAAUGUUACAAUUUGAAGAUUUGAUACAUGAAGUGUUUCUCCCUGACACCAAAAUUUUCAUGCUUUCAAACAGGGUGCUUACAUAUUUGUAAAUAUUUAAGCAACUUGAAAGUGCCUGGAAAAUUGCGCCACUGUGCUUGGUUUGUACUUUUUUAGGUAAAUCUAUAUACUGAGAAGUAGAGCUCAAAAACAUUAGUUCCAUUUGCUUAAUUAUUGCUUAAAAUAACAAUGGUACUAUGUAAAAUUGUAUAAUGGAACACAAUAAAAGGUAAAUCCUGUUUGUAAUUAGAAGUGAAGAAAUAAUACCUUGGACUUAGCAUUUUUCUUAUGGGAAGUUCAAUGCAUUAUCACAGUAACCUUUGCAGAAAAGAUUGAUGAAAUUUCCAUAAAACAAGGAUAUUUCAAAUUGGGAAAAGAUGUGAGGUCUUUCCUAUGAGUAGUCAAGGUUGAGGUAAGGGAAGCAAAACCUGUAUUUGAAAGGGAAAUUUCACAAGAGAAAGAUUAUGUAGAAAAACACCACACAUACUAUCAAUUCAAGUCUCGAUAACGGUCAGUCUCUCACUGACACCCAAGACAAGGCAUUUACGUGUGGUUUCCCUAGUAAACGGCAUUUUUGCCAAAGUUUCAUUGUAGUCAGGACAUCUAACGCAACUUCAGAGCUUUAGCAGCAGCAUCUGAGGUGGACAUCUUCAUUUUACAAGGUUCACAAGCAACUCGAUACAAGUCAAUGUUUAUGGCCUUUCUUGGGCCAGUCUACAUAGUCACUGCAGAUUAGCAGGUGCUUGCAAGGGGUUACAUUUCUACAUAUGAAGACGCCUCAGACUACUUAAGUAAUCUAGGAAAAACAAGUUAGAAGAACUUAUAAAAUUGAAUUAGUCAUAGAAUUUGACUGCUUGUGAUAAAAAUUUUGUAUACACUUUCCUUUUGUAGGUUAGUCUCUUUUACUAACAGAGACACUGAAGUAGAAAUGGAUUGCAAGGAACUUUGGUGUUUUUUAAUACUUUGUGAUUAAGUAAAUCUUAGAGCUUAGCCAUUUUUCUUUAUAAGUUAUUUUUAAGCUUUCAGGAGAGCAUGAAAUUGCUUGUUGAAGGUAAAUUUUUUAUUUAUUUUAAUAGGGGAUUCACAAAUGUUUCAGAGGCAGUUUGUAGUUCCUUAAUAUCAGGGAGUAGCCUACAGAAUUAGGUUCAGCUUUAAAUUGAUUAUAUUUGGUGUGUAUGUACAAGGAACUGUCACCUAGAGUCGGUGCUGGCUUCUGAGACUGAAACAUCUUGGAUUAAUACAGUGCUCUUUUGUCAACAACUACUGCCUAUCAUGUCCCCAGCACACUGUUGUGCACUGUGGAUAAUUUGAAAAAGUAGAAUAAAUGAUUCCUGCUUUCAGGGAACGAGCUGCCUAAUCUACUUGGGGAGGCAAGAUAUACAAAAUUAGAUAAUGUAAGAGUUAACGGUAUAAGGCAAGAGUAGUUGUCUGUGAGCAUUGCUAAAUGAAUGACACUAUCAUUACUCAUCACAUUCAAAGAAGGAGAGGUCAAUGUCAUAUUCAGGGAUGGUUUCAAGAACAAAAGUAACUAACCUUCAAACAGGCUUUCAAACAUGAGGGGAUAAUAACAGGAGAUGCAUCACGAACAAAGGUACAAAAGACUUAGAAUUUCAAGGGAGAGUGAGGAGACCAGUUUUGUUCAAGAGACUGGUAAAUGAUAAAUCUAGAAAUAACAUUUGGACCCAAGUUUUGGAAGGUCUUGAAUGCCAUGCUAAUAAUAGCAUUAGGACUUUACUCAAACACGGGGAAAACAGUCAAGGUUGGUUUUUUUUUUUUUUUAAACAGAAAGACUACUUGAUUAAAUGUUAUUUUUAGAAAUGUAAUCCUUAUUUUUUGCUGCCCAGACAUACUGGAGGUAAAGAGAGAUGAACACCAUUUAGAUAGCUAUUGCAGUAAUCUUAAGUAUGAAUCCAUAAAUCCCUGGAUAUGAGCAAGAGUGGAGAAAAAAGUGAAAACUAAGACAUUAUGUGAAAAGACUGGACAUGACUUACUGAUGCUCUGAAGGACAAGGCAGAAGAUGAAGAUGAUUUUGUGUCCUAUGGCCGAUGGUUUCUUCCGGUCAUGACACAACUUAACUGGAUUGAGUUUGCUGACUUCCAGAUGAUGGGUAGCAAACCAUGAGAGAUCAAGGUGCUCUAGACAAGGGAAUGCCAGGUACAUGCAUUUAGAAACAUUGCACAUUUUGGUAUUAAAUAGUUUCAUAUGCGUUCAUGAAGUGAUACGGCAUCUACAAAUCCACACCAAAGAAUACAUUUCUACUGUACUGAUUAUUUUGUAGUGCAACUUGAACCCAAUUUCUCUUGGAAGCUAUUAGAUAGUCUUGGAGCCACAUAAAAUGUGAAUAUGUCAUCAUCGGUAGUGUCGGUCUAUAGAGAUCUUCCUAGUAACCAGUUGUCACCAAUGGCAUCAUGUCUGUAGGUGGAGUUAACUGUUACCGUAUUUAUCUGAUUGGACUGCUGCUAUAAAUAUUGGAAACUUCUUCCCAAAAAUGAAAUAUAAUGCAGCUGUAGCAGCAACAGCCUUGGUCUGCUGACCAACAUAUUAGAACUGGAGAUGCCACACUGCUCAAUGAAUAAACUGAAUAGGUCACUGUAACAACCCAAGCUUUUUAUUGUAAAGGCUGGUUGUAUCUGAGAUGCAGAACCCAAGCAGCAAUGGAUUAGAAUAGUAGGAAUUUACGAACUCUACAAAAUGUUAAUCAAACAUCUCUAUCUUAGGUUUCUGACCCACAAAAUGUCAAGCUACCUUCACGCUUAGUCUUGUUCAAACAGUAUACUACUUCAGCUAUCAAACGCAAAGGGAAAGGAAGGAAAUAAAAGUUGGUUGGGGGUGAGGUACGGAUUUGUAUAACAAGGUUAUUUCCCUAUCUAGGAGCUGGCCAGUAAGAAUACUCCGUUGAUCAAGUUCCAGUUACAAGAAAUGAUCUCUUCUACUCCCUAACCACUUUAUGGUUACUCUCUUAAAAGUAUAUCCAAUUUCUGAUAGAAGUUGUAUCCACAUUUUUCAAAGAGUUUACCUCUGUGUAAGGCUCUUAAAUUUUUUUCCAACAUGCUUUUUACUUGGUUUUCCUUUUCAAUGAGCUAUAAUUCACAUACCAUAUAACUCAUCUAUUUAAAAUGCACAACUCAGUUAUUUUCAAUAUAUUCAGAGUUGUGCAAACCAUCACCACAGUUGAUUUUAGAACAUUUUUAUUAACCCCAAAAAGACAGCCCAUACACACUGGCAAUCAUUCCUUAUUCCCCACAAACAACCCCCCACCCAAGUCCUGACAAUCACUAAUCUGCUUUCUGUUUCCAUGGAUUAGCCUAUUCUGGACAUUUCCAGUAAAUAAAAUUAUACA